AUGGCGGCGGAAAAUGGCACAGCAGGCACCAAGCGCUCGUUGAGUCCCGACGACGAAGAGACGCCUGAGGCCCCACAAGGCAGACAGCGGAGUCGAGCUGCCUGCACUCCAUGUCGGCAACGAAAGCGAAAAUGGUACAUAAGCAUUCCAUCUUGGCCCGCAAUCGAUAUGUUCGCUUUCUGACCAUACGAUUUGGAACAGUGACGGCAAGCUACCGUGCGCUACCUGCGUGCGCUAUGAGUAUCAAUGCCAAUACGCCCACAGUGCGAAACGAAGGUCCUCGGUCGCACAGAACAAUAAUGCAGACGUGGUCCACGAGCCUCCGCCGCCACAAGCCAUUGGAAAGACGCCGCCGAGCAUCAUCCAGUUACAGAAGCACCCGCUCACCGCACCCGGUGCUCGUUUCCAUCACCGCGGAAUCCUCGACCCCGUCAAGACUCGCUUCGUGAGAGCCAACUCUGCCCUCGCCUUCCCUCGCAUCCUCGGCAUGGAUCUGGAAUCGGACAGUAUCCCAAGACUACAUUCGUUCGCCUGGCAUCUGGGAAUACGUGCUGAGCCUGUGGAGCCAUUACCAGAACUCACAAGCCAGAUCUCGUGGCAGGACAUGCAAUCCCUGGCGAGUGUGUACUUUCGCAUUGUCAAGCCCGAAUUCGGCCUGCUGGACGAGGCAGAGUUCUUGGAGCAGGUCUCUGCCCGCUUCAGUGAUCCUGCUGGGACCAAGGAUCGAGAUAUCGAUUCCGUCGCCUUCGGAGUAGCUGCCCUGGGCUCCUUCUUCUCACCCACGCCACACCUGAAUGAGGAGCAAUUCUUCGUGGACGCACGCAGAAUCCUCGUUCAGAGAAGCAUCAGCAACGCACCAACUCCGAAUCAUGUCGCUGGCUGGAUCCUGAGAACACUCUACCUGCGUUUGACUUGCCGACCGCACGGUUCUUGGAUCUCCAGCUGUAUCGCAAUGCAUCAAGUGGAGGCUAGUGGCCUGCAUAAGGAAAUCCAGACAAUCGCUGUCGUGUAUCCUCCCACAACGGCUGAUCACAAACUGGUCAAGGCGAGGAGGCGGCUUUUCUGGAUCGCUCGUGCGCUGAACACCAUCUUGUCUUUUGAGUAUGGCCGAACGAGGGUGAAUUUCGACGUCGUAACAACCAAAAAGUUCGCGGCAGAACACGGCACUCACGCUCACCAGUUCGUUGAGCUGGCUGAUCUGCUUCCGAACGACUUCGUCGACCGUGACCGUGAGCCUGACCCGCCUGCAGCCCUAGGAGCUGCGCUUUCCAAGAUCGACGCAAUGCAGACUGAAUCGCACUUCAUCGCAAUGCUCAAGGCCGACCUUGCUUUCGCCAUCUACCGCAGGCUGUGGCUGAUGAGUUUGACGGAUGCCAAAGACCGCGCCGACACCGUCAUUGGAAUUGGAAAAUCGGCUUUGACCGCCUCUACCAAGCUACUGGCAAGCAAAACGCCUUGGUGGAAUGUCAUAUGCAGUCCGUUCCAGUUCCUAUGUGUCAUAAUAUCGGUCGGCACGCCUAGUAGCCUCGCCCAUAUCCAGGAGGUAAUGCAGCUCAUGCACAACAUUGCACAAGCCUACGAUACACACAUGUGUCGCGAAGCGUACAACCAGGCAACAGCACUGAUCACCAUGGCACGGAAGCGCAAGCAGAAGGAACUGGAGGCUUUGAAUGCCGUGCCGGAGACACCACCGUUCACAGACCAUCCGUCUGCCGGCCCAAGCAGCACUCUGUCGGAUGCGCCGAACGUCGACUGGGCGAAUCUGGACUUCCCCUUCGAGUGGGAUAUGUUUCUCAAUCCCGAACUUGUCGUUUCGAGCCAGCAGCCCUUGCCUUCCGUGGACCCUGCAUAUUCCACCCAGUUCAAAUAUUGA